UACAAGCAUGUUUCUGGAACGAAUUAUGCUCGCAAUCCAGGAUUUUACUGUAUAUCUGCUUUUAAUAAAUCAUGUAUUUUAGCAUACUACUCUAUGGUCUUUUGUUCUUUCUCCUGCCCAUUAUUACUUUCUCUCCCCCUCUCGGUCUCCCUCUGCCCUUACCACGUCCUUGCUCUCUCUUCCUUGUUCUCGCUCGCUCUUCCCCGCCCUCCUCCCACGUCCUGACUGUUGCAAUCUAUGUAGCAUGCUGCUUACGUCUGACCCUUGCACUUUAUGCUCGAUGUUAUACGGUACAACACCAAAGGAUUCAACGUUUCAACAGCUACUGGUUUACGAAGUUCUUCGUUGAGGAUGGAUCCAGAAGUCACAGAGAAAAUUAUCCAAGAAAUGGUCGACUCAUCACCAGAUAUGGGCAACAUCGAAGGUGUCCCCAUGCUCCAGGACAUUUGCAAUGAAUGGGACGCGAUACACAGUUUUCAGGCUCGCGAUGGUGACGUAAUGGUGGCCUCUUACCCCAAAUCAGGUACGACCUGGAUGCAGGAGAUCAUGGACUUCAUACUUCAGGAAGGAGAUGUGGAGAAGAGCCUGAGAGCGCCAUGUUUUGUCAAAGUGCCCUUUCUAGAGAUGGCGAAAACAUCUUUAGAGCUUGCUAAUACAAUGCCAUCUCCUCGUCUGCUUAAAACACAUUUGUCAGUACACCUCGUGCCGCCAUCUUUUUGGGAGAAGAAUACAAAGAUUGUCUACGUGGCCAGGAAUCCCAAAGACUGCAUGGUCUCCUAUUAUUACUUCCAGAAGUCGGACCAAACAUUACCGGACCCCGGGCCCUUUGAGAAUUACUUUAAUGUAUUCCUUUCUGGAAAUGUGUCUUGGGGAAGUUGGUUUGACCACGUCAUCGGAUGGUGGAAAGCCAAAGACAGACAUCAGAUCCUCUACAUCUUCUACGAAGACAUGAUAGAGGAUCCACAAAGGGAGAUCCGUAAGGUCAUGACCUUCUUGGAGAAAGAUCUUUCGGAAGAAGUUCUACAGAAGAUUCUGCAACACACUUCAUUUGAGUCAAUGAAGAAGAACCCUAUGGUGAAUUUCAGUGUCCUCCCCAAUUCACUGAUUGACCAGUCCAUUUCACCCUUCAUGAGGAAAGGUAAGGUUGGAGACUGGAAAAACCAUUUCCUGGUGUCACAGAACAUCUUAUUCGAUGAAGAAUAUGAAGAAAGGAUGGCAUGCAGUGGACUGAGAUUCCGUAUGGAACUGUGAAAUAAAACGGACCAAAAUCAAAGACAAAUACUUUUAUAUAUCAAUCAACAUACACCUACACCAGAGUCUCUCAACCCGAGUUCUAUGGAAUCCUAGAGUUCCUCCAGGAGGUUGCUCUGGGUUCCUUGAGCAAUGAACAUUUUAUGCCUCUUUUAGAUUAGGUCCCACCGACACCAUUUUUUUUAGCUGUCUG